AUGGCGUUCGCAGCUAUAUGUAUAAUGGAGAUGGAUUGCGAGGGAAUAGUCCUACGAGUUCUAAAGGUUGUUUCAAGCAUCGAACCAUGGACACUUUCUUUUCUUCCAUCCCUUCUUCUAUCUCAGGAACUGCCAGCAACAGGAGCCCCAGCCCCAGCCCAAGACCUUCCUUUGUAUGGAAGCCUGACAAAUAGUACAAUUGAAGCCAGGAUGGAAGAAAGGAACAAAGAUACAUUUGAGGGAAUGGGAAAUGAGAGACCAGGAUAUUAUGCAGCUGAUGUAACUUUUGUGAUUGCUGAAAAACGGCAUGAUUUGUUUAGAAGAGAAGGUGAUGGUGCUUGCAAUAGAAAUUCCUCUAGUAAAAGCUCUGACUGGUUGCAUCCUUCCCAUCCCUUUAUUGGGUGGGGAGAAUAUGAAAUCAUUCACCCUGGCUAUCAAAGGAUAAUCAGGGGCCAGGUUAUGCCAAACACAAAAGAACAAGGAAGCAGAGGAAAGUUGAAGGAGUCUAGAAUUUGUUUUCAUCAUUCAGGCAGUGACACUUCAAAGAAUGUCCUGUAUUAG